AUGCUGCCCGUUUCUUGGCUGACGCCUUGGCUUGCGCUGCUGUCCACGACCAAGGCCGCAGACGGCGCCGCGGCGUGGGAUGCGGCUGGAGGGCCGCACGCCGCCAGCAGCAGCAGCGCCGGAGGCGACUCCCUGGCGAGCGGAAGCGAGGGCGGCGGCGCACGCCUGCAGCAGCGACGCAGCGGCGGCGGCGCGGCCGGCGCAACUGGCGAGUCUGGCGGCUGGGCUGGCGGCGAUGGCGGCAGAAAGAGGUUGUGCGGUGCACUGCGAAGAGGGGAUGAAUUUGAGGAAGAGGACGAUGUCGUCACCACGAGCAAGGAUCAACAGGCUCCGGCGGCGGUGCGCCCGGCGGGCCCGUCGUCCGCGGCAGGGCUCCAUGCCGCUGCCGCCGCCGCCGGCCUUGACGCGGGCCCGCCGCCCGCGGCCGAGGUGGUGCAGCUUCAGGCGGGCGGCGUGCGGACGGCGUGCACCAGCGGCGUCGCGGCCGGCGGCCGCACGCGGCGGCAGCUGCGGGCGCUUCGAGCGCAGUAUGCGGCGCGGGAGGGGGCAGAUGGGCGGGACCUGGAUUUCCAUGAUUACUGCAAAGUUGUCAGCCUGCAGUGCGGCGGCAAGCAGACCAUGAGCUUCGGCCUCGGGCCUGGAGAGCGCAAGGGCGAUUUUGCCAGGGCGCGGUUCCUGGCGGCAGCACAGCAGGGAUGA